AUGCUGAGAUUAGGAGCCUACGCUACCGUGAUCCCAUUCUUUGAAUUACAUUGCUCUAUUGGCGAUUUCCAGGUGAUGGAUCGUGUAAAAGCAUUCGCUGCCAAGGAAGGUCGUCAACCUCGCAUCAUGGUAGCCAAAAUGGGUCAGGAUGGGCAUGAUCGAGGUGCCAAAGUAGUGGCCACUGGAUUUGCUGAUCUUGGAUUUGACGUUGACGUGGGACCGUUGUUCCAAACACCAGCAGAAGCUGCUCGACAAGCUGUCGAUGCCGAUGUACACGUAAUUGGAGCAAGCAGUCUUGCUGCUGGGCAUCUCACACUUGUACCUCAGCUGGUUGAAGAACUUGCCAAGUUGGGAAGAGAAGACAUCCUCGUGAUUGUUGGUGGUGUGAUUCCUCCGCAGGAUUACGAUGCCCUCUACAAAGCUGGUGCAUCCUUAAUUUUUGGACCUGGAACGAGACUGCCAUCUUGUGCCAACCAGGUUUGA